UAAAAAACAAAAUAAAAGGGUUGAAAUUGUUUUGUGGUAUAAAGUCGAGGAGGUUGAAUUGAGUACCUCACUUUGCUACACUCUCCGGCGUUCAAUCGAUUUCACCAUCUUCCUCUUCUGUCUCCCCCAAAGAUUAGGAUGGAUUGGCAAGGGCAAAAGCUGGCGGAGCAACUGAUGCAGAUAAUGCUGCUUGCAUUUGCUGUGAUUGCAUUUGUAGGUGGAUAUGUCAUGGCUUCUUUCCAAAUGAUGAUUCUCAUAUAUGCUGGGGGUGUGGUUUUCACCACCUUGCUCACUGUCCCCAAUUGGCCCCUUUUCAAUCGCCACCCUCUUACGUGGUUGGAUCCAAGUGAGGUGGAAAAGCAUCCCAAGCCACUACCAUCUGCCAAUGUAACUCAAAAGAAGAAACCUGUUAAGAAGUAGGUUUUUUUAUUUUUAUUUUUUUUUUACAUUUUUGGGGACAAUAUAUCUUUGAAUUACAUGAUGCUUUGACAGUAAUUUGCUGUUCUUAACCUCUUUCCCCUUCAGUUGAUAUUACAGUGUACAACCAUAUUUUUACUCUCUUUUAGAUAUUGCUUAUAGCUGUGUUGUUGUGUUGGUUA